GUUGCUGCUUCUCCCGGCGCUGGGCGAGAGGCAGACACAGAGAGGGGAGCCGAGACCCUCGGAACGCCCCACGCAGAGCCCCCCCCCGCUAGUCGGGAGAGGGGUGCGCAGACCCCCCAGAGCUGCCCCCGCGCCCCCCUCCCCCAAUUCCAGGCUGAGAGCGCAGCGGGAACGCCUUAGCUUGCUCGCCCGGCUUGGCCCCCCGACCCGCGUACGCCCCCCUCCCUCAGGUCCGAGAGGGACUCGCGAAGCACCUCAGCACGGAGGCAGGGAACCGGAGGCUUGGAGCGACCCAACCCCUCGUCUCGCUGCCCUCCCGCGCCUGCAACGGUGCGCGGAGACUCCAGCGAACUCAGACACCCAACGGCGGAGGACAGAAGCGGCAGGCGGCGGACGUGGCCGCGAAGCUGCGCGCGGGGCGCAGCGCACCAGCUGCCGAGCAGAGGAGCCGCGCCUUUCCCCCGACCCUCGGCUCCAGCCCUUGGCGUCUGCCGCCUCCCAGCCCCUCUGCGUCCUCGGCUCGGGGCCGGCACCGGCGAUGCCGAGCGGAGCCUCCAGUCCUCCGACCCGCUGAAGAAGCAGCAGCCGCUCGCCUGGAGCCUACUGGGAUUGUGCGAGCGGAUCGUGCUCGGUGGAGGCUCGGGCUGCAGGGCGCGGGGACUCCGGGGGGCGGGGGGAGGGACCGCUCUGUCGGUGCCCGGCGCUAGCCGCGGCUUUGAAGGGUCUCCCUCCCCUGCCCUUAGCAGCUCUGCCACGGACUCCGGGAGGCUGCGGGCGGCGUCCUGGGGGCUCCCCAACAGACCCAAUCGGACUUGAGAAGGUGAUCGCUCUGCUCUCCCAACCCCCUUCCCUCCCCAUUCCCCCCACUUAACUUUUUGUCUCCGUUCAUCCGCGGCUUCGUCCCCUCCCCGCAGACCCACCCGCGGCUGUGACAACCGCCCGGGGCAUGGGCCCCCCAACACGGCUCCUAGAGGCCCCGCGGCCUCGCAAGAUGUGAGAGGCCCUCCCCGGGCAGAAUCGGAGCUUCGGGAGAGGAGCUGAUACCCCGCCCCCCCUCCCCCCUGUCCCUCACAUCAGGCGGGGUGGAGGUGAGCGCUGAGCCCCCGCGGUGCUGAGCGUCCCGGAGCGCCCAAUCCUGGGCUGGAACGAGUAGCUGGCCGGAGGCGCGCCGCGGAGAGCAGGCUGUCAUGCCCUAUUGAUCCCCCUCUGCCCCCCGCCAAGUAUGUUUGGGCUGGACCAAUUCGAGCCCCAGAUCAACAGCAGGAACGCUGGCCAGGGCGAGAGGAACUUUAACGAGACCGGACUGAGCAUGAACACCCACUUUAAGGCCCCGGCUUUCCACACUGGGGGGCCCCCUGGCCCUGUGGAUCCUGCCAUGAGCGCGCUGGGCGAGCCCCCGAUCUUGGGCAUGAACAUGGAGCCCUACGGCUUCCACGCGCGCGGCCACUCGGAGUUGCACGCAGGGGGGCUGCAGGCGCAGCCUGUGCACGGCUUCUUUGGCGGCCAGCAGCCUCACCAUGGCCACCCGGGAGGUCACCAUCCCCACCAGCAUCACCCCCACUUUGGGAGCAACUUCGGUGGCCCGGACCCCGGGGCCUCGUGCCUGCACGGGGGUCGCCUGCUCGGCUACGGCGGCGCAGCCGGAGGCCUGGGCAGCCAGCCGCCCUUCGCCGAGGGCUAUGAGCACAUGGCGGAGAGCCAGGGGCCUGAGAGCUUCGGCCCGCAGCGACCGGGGAACCUCCCGGACUUCCACAGUUCGGGUGCCUCCGGCCACGCCGUGCCGGCCCCAUGCCUGCCGCUGGACCAGAGCCCUAACCGAGCCGCCUCCUUCCACGGCCUGCCGUCCUCCAGCGGCUCCGAUUCCCACAGUCUGGAGCCCCGGAGGGUGACGAACCAAGGAGCCGUCGACUCGCUGGAAUACAAUUACCCGGGCGAGGCGCCCUCGGGACAUUUUGACAUGUUUUCGCCCUCUGACUCCGAAGGGCAGCUGCCUCAUUAUGCAGCGGGUCGCCAGGUUCCCGGGGGCGCUUUCCCGGGCGCCUCGGCCAUGCCUAGAGCUGCGGGCAUGGUGGGCUUGUCCAAAAUGCACGCUCAGCCACCGCAGCAGCAGCCCCAGCAGCAGCAGCAGCAGCCGCCCCAGCAGCAGCAGCAACAGCAUGGUGUGUUCUUUGAGAGGUUCGGUGGGGCCAGAAAGAUGCCUGUAGGUCUGGAGCCCUCAGUGGGCUCCAGGCACCCGUUAAUGCAGCCUCCCCAGCAGGCCCCGCCACCCCCUCAGCAGCAGCCCCCUCAGCAGCCGCCACAGCAGCAGCCGCCGCCGCCACCCGGGCUUCUAGUCCGACAAAAUUCGUGCCCGCCUGCGCUCCCUCGGCCCCAGCAGGGCGAGGCGGGCACGCCCAGCGGCGGCCUGCAGGACGGAGGCCCCAUGCUGCCCAGCCAGCACGCGCAAUUCGAGUAUCCCAUCCACCGGCUGGAGAACCGGAGCAUGCACCCUUAUUCCGAGCCUGUUUUCAGCAUGCAGCAUCCUCCUCCGCAGCAGGCGCCCAACCAGCGGCUGCAGCAUUUCGACGCGCCCCCCUACAUGAACGUGGCCAAGAGGCCGCGCUUCGACUUCCCGGGCAGCGCGGGAGUGGACCGCUGCGCUUCGUGGAACGGCAGCAUGCACAACGGCGCUCUGGAUAACCACCUCUCCCCCUCCGCCUACCCAGGCCUACCCGGCGAGUUCACACCGCCUGUGCCCGACAGCUUCCCUUCGGGGCCGCCCCUGCAGCAUCCGGCCCCGGACCACCAGUCCCUGCAGCAGCAGCAGCAGCAGCAGCAGCAACAGCAGCAACAGCAGCAGCAGCAGCAACAGCAACAGCAACAGCAGCAGCAGCAGCGCCAAAACGCGGCCCUCAUGAUUAAGCAGAUGGCGUCGCGGAAUCAGCAGCAGCGGCUGCGCCAGCCCAACCUGGCUCAGCUAGGCCACCCCGGGGACGUGGGCCAGGGCGGCCUGGUGCAUGGCGGCCCGGUGGGCGGCUUGGCUCAGCCCAACUUUGAGCGCGAAGGCGGCAGCACGGGCGCCGGGCGUCUGGGCACCUUCGAGCAGCAGGCGCCGCACUUGGCGCAAGAGAGCGCGUGGUUCUCAGGUCCGCACCCGCCGCCCGGAGACCUGCUGCCCCGUAGGAUGGGCGGCUCGGGCCUGCCCGCUGACUGUGGCCCGCACGACCCCAGCCUGGCGCCCCCUCCUCCGCCCGGUGGCUCGGGGGUGCUGUUCCGGGGCCCUCUGCAGGAGCCGAUGAGGAUGCCCGGAGAAGGCCACGUGCCCGCGCUGCCCUCACCGGGCCUGCAGUUCGGGGGCAGUCUGGGCGGCCUGGGUCAGCUGCAGUCGCCCGGGGCGGGCGUGGGGCUCCCCAGCGCUGCUUCGGAGCGCCGGCCCCCGCCGCCGGACUUCGCUACGUCUGCGCUCGGGGGCCAGCCGGGCUUUCCGUUUGGUGCAGCGAGCCGGCAGGCCACGCCGCACAGCGGUCCAGGCGUGAACUCGCCCCCUAGCGCGGGAGGGGGCGGUGGCAGCUCCGGUGGCGGCGGUGGCGGGGGUGCCUACCCGCCGCAGCCUGAUUUCCAGCCCAGCCAGCGCACCUCGGCCAGUAAACUGGGCGCGCUCUCGCUGGGCUCCUUCAACAAGCCCAGCUCCAAGGACAACCUGUUCGGCCAGAGCUGCCUGGCUGCGCUCUCCACCGCUUGCCAGAACAUGAUCGCUAGCCUCGGGGCCCCCAACCUCAACGUGACCUUCAACAAGAAGAACCCGCCCGAGGGCAAGAGGAAACUGAGCCAGAACGAGACCGACGGCGCGGCAGUGGCCGGCAACCCGGGCUCGGAUUACUUCCCAGGAGGGACUGCUCCUGGGGCCCCAGGACCCGGAGGCCCAUCCGGGACCAGUAGCAGCGGCUCCAAAGCCUCGGGGCCGCCCAACCCGCCAGCCCAGGGGGACGGCACCAGCCUCUCCCCCAACUACACCCUGGAAUCCACGUCGGGGAAUGACGGCAAGCCGGUCCCCGGGGGCGGCGGCCGGGGACGGGGUCGCAGAAAAAGGGACAGUGGUCACGUGAGCCCUGGCACCUUCUUUGACAAGUACUCGGCGGCUCCGGAUAGCGGGGGCGCACCUGGGGUGAGCCCAGGGCAGCAGCAAGCGUCAGGCGCAGCCGUCGGGGGAAGCUCCGCCGGUGAGACGCGCGGGGCACCGACGCCCCACGAAAAGGCGCUUACGUCGCCAUCCUGGGGGAAGGGGGCUGAGUUGCUCCUGGGGGAUCAGCCAGACCUCAUUGGGUCCCUGGACGGCGGGGCCAAGUCGGACAGUAGUUCGCCACACGUGGGUGAGUUCGCCUCGGACGAGGUGAGCACGAGCUACGCCAAUGAGGACGAGGUGUCGUCCAGCUCUGACAACCCCCAGGCACUAGUUAAAGCGAGCAGGAGUCCCCUGGUGACCGGCUCGCCCAAACUCCCUCCCCGUGGGGUAGGCGCCGGGGAACACGGACCGAAGGCGCCCCCGCCUGCCCUCGGCCUGGGCAUCAUGUCUAACUCUACCUCGACCCCUGACAGCUACGGCGGCGGUGGGGGCCCGGGCCAUCCAGGCACGCCGGGCCUGGAGCAGGUCCGCACCCCGACGAGCAGCAGCGGCGCCCCGCCACCCGACGAGAUCCACCCCCUGGAGAUCCUUCAGGCGCAGAUCCAGCUACAGAGGCAGCAGUUCAGCAUCUCCGAGGACCAGCCUCUGGGGCUGAAGGGUGGCAAGAAGGGUGAGUGCGCCGUCGGGGCCUCAGGGGCUCAGAAUGGCGACAGCGAGCUUGGCAGCUGCUGCUCCGAGGCGGUCAAGAGCGCCAUGAGCACCAUUGACCUGGACUCGCUGAUGGCAGAGCACAGCGCUGCCUGGUACAUGCCCGCUGACAAGGCCCUGGUGGACAGCGCGGACGACGACAAGACGUUGGCGCCCUGGGAGAAGGCCAAACCCCAGAACCCCAACAGCAAAGAAGCCCACGACCUCCCCGCAAACAAGGCCUCAGCAACCCAGCCUGGCAGCCACUUGCAGUGCCUGUCUGUUCACUGCACAGACGACGUGGGUGACGCCAAGGCUCGAGCCUCCGUGCCCACCUGGCGGUCCCUGCAUUCUGACAUCUCCAACAGAUUUGGGACAUUUGUGGCUGCCCUAACUUGAAUGACAAGAAAGACCCCCUCCUCUACCAGGCCCUUCCCCUCCCCCUCUCUGUCUCCUUCCCCCUCAACCUGACCCCCCCCCUCUGUUAAUUUGAAAGGGCCACUAUUGCUGAGUGGAUGAUUUUUUUUUUUUUUUCUCUAGGUUGGUACCUGCUUAGUGGCAUAUGGACUGGAAAGGGUUAAUUUAAAGGUGGGGGGGAACCUCAAAAGUUUUUUUAAAAAAGAAACUUGUCUGCCACAGUAUGUUACCAGUGUUAACCCUUCUGCAGUUAGCAAACUUUUGCUUAAGCCUUUUUCCUCUAGAUACUCCCCAUGUGUCGGUAAUCUUGGCAUACAUUUUUUAGAUGACCUCUUUCCUUGUUUUAUUUUCAUGCUGCUGUAUGUCCAAGUAUUGUUAUUUCAUAAUAAGACAAGAGUUGCUUUCUUUUUUAUUCUUUUUCCUUUUCUUACCCCCUCCCCUUUUAUUUUCUUUUUGCUUUGUUCACUGCUUAUUAAAACGGAAAUCCUGGAGAAUAGUAGUUUUGGAAUAUUGCCGGGUGAAAGUCAAAUUGUCAUCACAAUAUUAUAUAUUGACACUCCAGUGUCAUCAGUCAGGCAGGAGCCAAACAAUGAAUGCCCCCCUUAGGUAUUCCGCCUGGGAUUUUGUUUUGUCUGUUCCCUAAGAAAAUAUAUUUUCGUUCCUGCAAACACAGUGCUCAGCCUUCAGUUCCCUUCCACUUGGGUUCUCUCUUCUCCUGCUGGAAGCCGCCCCUCUCUGCGAUGGACGUGAGGACGUGUCCAGCUCUGCUCUGUGGGAAGGAGUUGGAAUGCUCGACAGUAGUGUUUUCUCUCCUUUUCUGGGCCUCCUCGCAAAUGCCCAGACCCUGCAUUUUCACGCUGUGCUAAGCAGCCUUUGGUCUGUGUGGGGGAUGGUGUGCUCCCAGCCUGCAGUCUUUGGAGCAAGGCUGCUGCCCUUGCUGCAGCCAGGCCGGCUGUGCCUCGGGCGCUGGAGUUGGAGGAGGCUGAGUUCUCAGCCCUUUCCCUUUUCUGAAAGCCGUUCCUGGCUGGGCAUCCCAGGGAAGAAAGGAGGGGACUGCGUGCAUCUCCUCCACCUCUCCCAUUCCAUCCCCAGUCCAACCUGGGCAACCCCACCCCUGGGAGGGAUGAGGCACCCUCUUGCUCAGCCUGCUCAGCCUUCUCUGAGCCUUUGCAGGGAUCUGCAGACUCCUGAGGGCUAGAGGACAGAGAAAGAGAAUGUAAGGAAAUGACUUUGAUUCCUGAGCCUUUUAGUUUUGAACUCUGGAAUUCCUCUGCCCCCUCCCCAACUUUUGAUGGAAUCUCACCCUGUUGCAAAACUAGAGCCAUGUCCCAAGCCUCUCACAAAGGAAUAACUGCUCUGAGCAGAGAUGAGUGGUGGUUGGCAGGGACAGGCAACUUUGGGUGCUGUUGAUGCCUGCAAAAGCCAUUUAUGGCUUGUGGUGGGGGCACAUAGAUUCCCGGGUGGGUUAGACAAGUGACUGAUAUCACUUCACCCAAAUCGGUGAUGGUUAUAUUUAAUUUCAGUUUUUGUUAACGAGCAUGUCUUACUAAAACGCUCCACUUUGAGCUCCCCCACCCCCUCCAGGUCCUCAGAGUUUGCAGAUCCGGGCUUUUUUUAGCAAGUGACCUGAAGGCUCUGGGCUCACCAUACAACACCCACAUUGUUUAUUUCAAAGAACUUUUCAGCAAAGGGAGAGGAGCUUUCAGAAAAACCUCACUCUUUCCCCUCCCUUCUCCCCUCUUUCCUUCUGCCGGUCCUUUUGGCUGGGGUCUGAGUCUGCGGUUCUCGCCUGGGCAGUCUUGACCGGGGCAAACCCCGCCUUCAGAGGGCAGACAAAGCAGGUGGCAUGAACUGAUCAGCGAGAAAGGUGUGAGCUGAGGCAGUUCCUGCGUUCUGCUACAAAAGGAAUGGAAAGGGAAGGGAAUUUCCCCCCACCAUGGGCUGUGGGAGAGUUGACCAUAUUCUGGGCAAGACUCCAUGACCCCUCUGAUUCUGCAGUGUACAGCUGUUUGAGAGCCUCAUCAUUUUACUUUUGAAACAGGAAUGAUUUCUCCUUAAUUGCUUAAGGCCGGGGAGCAAAGUGUCUUAACUUCUGUCUUUGACUUUCCCAGCGUUGAGUCAUCAACACUUUGCCAAUUAGCUCAUGGUCCUGGCAACCUCGGAAACCCCUGAAGUUUUAAAAACUUUCUCGCUCCCCACGACCCCAGAAUGAAACAGCUUUAAAAAUAGCCUUAAGCAAAAGGAUGUUAUUUCAUUAAAUUUGGUUUAAUGGAAAGAAUAAAAGUAAAUGAAAAACACACCCUACACGCUAGACUCCGAACACUGGUAAUCAGUACUGCAUAGCAAACUCUUUGGGAAAGAAAACGAAAAUGUUAUUGCACAUGUAAAAUAUGAAAACUUAACUCUGCUGUGUGUUAGGCAAUCCUGUAAUCUUUUUUGACUCUUAAAAGAAAUUCAUUUCUGAAAUGCUUGGUUGGAAGACUGUGACAAUAGCUCAUGAAAUUGAGUGUUAUUUUUUCUUUCUUUUUUAAAAAAAUAUGUAAAGUGCAGUCUUCUGUAUUCCUGCAUAUUGUAUAUACCUGUAUAUGUUUUCCUGAGCAGUUAAAUAACAAUAAAUAUGACGUUAAUGGUGGCUGUGGUA